CAGAAAGCCCACCAUUGGUGUCGCGAUUAUUCUAUUGAACCCUGCGUGCCCUGCGCUGCUGCAGUGCUGCCUGCAGCGAGAGAGGAGAGGAGGGUGCAGAGAGGGCGCGGUGGCCGGUGGAUGACGAUGGCCGGCGGCGGGGGACUGAACCGGUCCUCGUCGAGGGGGCAGCUGCCGCCGCAGGAGCUGCUCGACGAUCUAUGCAGCCGCUUCCUGCUGAACGUUCCCAAGGAGGAGCUGGAGUCGUUCGAGCGGAUCCUGUUCCUGCUGGAGCAGGCGCACUGGUUCUACGAGGACAACUCCGUCGAGCACAACCCCAACCUCAAGUCCCUAUCCUUCAAGGACUUCACCUCCCUCAUGUUCAAGAGUUGCACUGCUCUCAGGCCCUACAUCGCGCACCUGGACGAUAUCUACAAGGACUUCAACAACUACAAGUUCCGCGUCCCCGUCUCGGGUGCCAUCAUCCUGGAUGAGACCUAUGAGAGGUGCUUGCUUGUUAAGGGAUGGAAGGCUGGGGCCAGCUGGAGCUUUCCUCGUGGAAAGAGGAAUAAAGAUGAGGAAGAUCAUACUUGUGCUAUUAGAGAAGUUCUGGAGGAAACUGGGUGUGAUGUUUCUACGCUUUUAAAGAUGGAUGAUUACAUUGAAGUUUCAAUUGGACAACAAAGAGUUCGGCUCUAUAUCAUAAGUGGUGUUAAGAGAGAUACUGUGUUUGCACCUCAAACCAAGAAGGAAAUCAGUGAAAUCUCAUGGCACAGAAUUGAUGAGCUCUUACCAGCUAGUGAUGAUGCUAUAUCUCGUGGAGCGAAUGGAUUGAAGCUCUACAUGGUUGCACCAUUUUUUACGGGUCUAAAGGCUUGGAUUGCCACGCAUCCUCCCCCACCGUAUCAGAAAUCAGAGGCAUCCGCUAGAGGUACUGUGUGGAAAGCGAAGAAUUCCUCAAGUGGUGGUGUGCCUGUGGAGAACCCUGUUACUAGAGCAGGAUCCGAUGCGCAACAUGUUGACAACCGCCCUGGUAGAAGCUUCAGAAACUUCAGGUUUGACACGGCAAGCAUCCUGCAGUCCAUGGAAGCAUCGUUUUUACGUACCUAGGAGCCUGACAAAGUAUCAACCCGUGUAUCCUCGAUAUGUAUAGACUCUGGACCAGCGUUGUGAGUGUUAACUCCACAAGAAUAUGCUGUCUUCGUUUCAUAUCUCUUUCUCGGGUAGUACCUGUAAUCUUCAGUGCAACAAAUAUUUCGUCUUUCCGGUAAUAUAGAUCCCCUCUGUCA